AUGCGUCUUUCAUUGCGGCAACAAUUGGCAUUCUUGCUGGUAAUCUCCGGAGGCAUUGGUCUGGCCGUGCUGGCCAUUGCUACAUGGGUCCUGAACCACGACUUCGUCCUCGACGUUGCAGCUUCUCGGCUAGAGAUCACGGCUUCUCUCAAAGCCGCGCAAGUGGCGUUCAAUCUCGAGUUGAUGCAGACCGCUGCGACUUUUCUCAGCAACCGCGUCACUAUUCAGGAAGCUUUGGAGCGCUACAACAAUGGGACCGAUCUGACGGCUGGUAAUUUCAACCUAGCAGAGACGAGUCUGGCAUCGGCACUGGGGAACAUUGGUCCGCUUCGCAAUGGCUUGGUGCUUCAAGCUCAGAUCUACGCCGGCAACGGUUCCGGACCUGCGGGAACUUCGAGUGUGAUGAGAGCAACCGGCAUACCGCAUCAAGCCAUCAGACUGCCUUACCUCAAUUCGAAUGGGCAGCAAGCAUUUCUUGGAGACGAUGACCUUGGAUACCCUCCUGCGCUGUACCCAAAUUUGACUGUCACGGACAUUGCUGCAAGCACCUCGUUCAAUCCGAUGGCAUCUUUCAAUGGCGAGAUCCUCGGUAUACGCUCAACUUUGGUGUUGGGCCCACGGAUGAUCAACUCGAGCUUCUCAUUGAUAUCUUUCACGCUCCCAAUUGUUAACAACACAGAGACCGACAGGAUUCUCGGCUGGGCCACGGUGGUCACAGACGCCAGGCUGAUCCUGGAAGUAGCGAGAGACUCCAGUGGGCUUGGAGAAACAGGUCAGACCUUACUCGUCGGUCCCAUCAAUGCCACAAACAAAUUCCCACCUGGAAUCUCUGGGAACUCAGGCUCAGCCCGCAACGCCGAAGUCGAGUUGCUCUUUCCUCUGCCGACUUCUGCUGUCGCAAGACAUCCAAAACAUGUGGUCGGAACCCCGAACCCCUCGUUCUUGGCCAGCAAAUAUCCUGCCGUUGAAAGAGCCAUCACUGAAGAUCUACGCGGCAUCGACGACGUUGGAAGUAUGAUGCGGACACACAAUGAAGAUGGCAAGCAUGUCUCAGUAGGGUACUCAUCGCCGCCGACGGACCUGGUCGACUGGAUCGUUGUUGUGGAACAAGCUCGGAGCGAGGUGUGGCAGCCCAUCAACCACCUCCGGACGAUCAUCCUCGCAUGCCUGUUUGGAGUAAUUGGGUUUAUGUGUAUUGUGUCAUUCCCGCUAGCACACUGGGCCGUCCUACCGAUCAUGAAACUACGAGCAGCCACCGAGCAAACCAUAGCACCACCUGGGAGAAGCUAUUCAGACAGCAAGCCUUCUUCCUACUACAGCAAGGAUCUCAGCUCUUGCGCCAGUCGGACAGAGAAGGGUCUUCAUCGCCCGAGUUCGAAAUGGACUGGAGGGAUAUUUGCGGCGAUCUUCCGCAAGUUCUCGAUGAAGAAGCAAGCCGCACGCAGUAUACAGCCACGAGACGAAGACCACCCUCGCAUUCCAGGAAAGGUGCCGCAGCGCAACACUUGGAUCACAGACGAAAUGUCGGAUUUGAUCACGACUUUUAAUGAUAUGUCGGACGAAUUACUGGCGCAAUAUACCAAACUUGAGGACCGCGUACGGCAGAGGACCAUCGAGCUUGAGUACAGCAAGAAAGCUGCAGAAGCGGCCAACGAGAGCAAAACACGUUUCGUGGCGAACGUGAGCCAUGAAUUGCGUACGCCGUUGAACGGGAUCCUGGGGCUGGCCGCGGUUUGCAUGGCAGAGAACGAUCCGAAUCGGGUGAAGGGCUCGCUCAUGAUCAUUGAGAAGAGUGGAAACUUACUGUUGCGGACACUGAAUGAUCUUCUGACUUUCAGCACGAAUCAGUUGGGGCAUCAAGUCCUUACACUGGACGAGAAGGAUUUUGCAAUCCGAGACAUCGAGACGCAGACGUUGGCAAUUUUCGGCCAGCAGUCGAAGGAACGCCAUGUUCACCUACGGUUCAUAUUCGAGGAAACGCCUGGCGAUGUGUAUGGAACUGGCAAACUUCGCGAUCUACGGCUAUACGGCGACGUUCAUCGCAUUCUACAGAUUGUCAUCAAUUUGGUCGGUAACAGUCUCAAGUUUACGCCUGAAGAAGGCUCUGUCAUACUGAGAGUCAGAUGCUUGAAGGAAAAGCCGGCCGUCCGACGUGUGACGCCAGGUGCGCCAGCGACCCGUCAGCAGACGCCAGCCAGCCCCGGACCCGGAACGGCAUGCUUCAUCAACCCGCGAGAAGUCGAGCAGGGACAUGGCCUGGCACACGAAGAUGGACGUUCUCUUCCAGCGGGCACAGACGUCUUCAUCGAGCUGGAGGUCGAGGAUACUGGGCCGGGUAUCGAACCAGAAAUGCAGGCUCGGAUCUUCGAACCGUUCGUGCAGGCCGACGCAGGUCUUGAUCGAAGGCAUAACGGGACUGGCCUAGGACUUUCGAUCAGUACACAGCUGGUCAGUCUGAUGGACGGGACGAUUCGUUUGAGCAGUACGCUUGGCAAAGGUAGUACAUUUACCGCGAAGCUGCCGCUGCGAAUCGUCUUCGGUACGAGCGGCGACACGCCACGAAGCUCAAUGGAUCUGAGCCGGACGGUCACGGGAAUGUUCUCGCCUAGCACAUCUUCUCCGGCUACGCCGAGCAGUCCCGAGGUCGUCCACGCAGAUGCCGUUCCAGGAGCCAACUCUUCUACUGCGAAGACAGACCCGUCAUCGCCCGCAAAUACGCCACCCCUCGCCAAUCCCUCCAGCCAAUUUGCGGCCGCUCAUCGCCCUGUCAUAACAUCCCCUGCAACAUCACCCUCCUCCACCUCCUCUUCCCUUCAAUCACCAGACUUCACCCAACUCCGCAUCCUCGUCGCUGAAGACAACAAAGUCAAUCAAGAAGUCAUCCAACGCAUGCUCCGCCUCGAAAAGAUCCAGCACAUCACCAUCGCCUCCGACGGGCGAAUCGCUCUCGGCCACAUCAUAUCCUCUCACGCCACACCCGACCAUCCACCCUUCGACCUGAUUCUCAUGGACAUACAAAUGCCCAACAUGGACGGCCUCCAAGCUACCCGAAAGAUCCGCGCUGAAGGUUUCAAGAAUCCGAUUGUAGCGCUUACCGCUUUUGCGGAGCAGAGUAAUGUUGAAGAGUGUUUUGGCGCCGGAAUGGAUUUCUUUCUGGCGAAACCGGUGAAGAGGGCGAAGUUGAAGGACGUUUUGGUGCAGUGUUGU